CAAAUAUGGAUGCAGAAUCGAGUAUAGAGACUCGGACAGACAGGGAAGAUGUCCUGUCGUUGGUGAAGGACACGGUUCGGCAAUCCAAGUUGCUUUUUGGCACGGAAUUUGGCGCUCCUAGUUCGUUCCAAGACGAACUUUUCAAAAGUGAGAAACUCGCAUACAAACGGAAUUUGGAAUUUUGGAUGCGAGAACAAGAUGUAAAAAGUAAAAAGCUGCAUAUAUCACCAAGCGGCGACUCAAAAAGCCUUGUUUUGGCGUCACAAUUGGGAAGUUCCCAAUCUGCUCUUACACAGUUCACAACGCAAUCACUUGCAAGCAUAAAAGUGCCUGCACAACCAAGCAUCCAGGCUUUGGAAAAGAUUGAGGGCGUACCCAAGGCGUCUCAGAGCGCCGCACGGGCUGCCCAGGCUUCUAUGGUGAAACGAACCUUGGCCGAUCAAGUCAAACCAGAUUGGCACGCUCCAUGGAAACUGAUGCGUGUCAUAAACGGACACCUGGGAUGGGUUCGAUGCGUUGAUGUCGAGCCUGGCAAUCAAUGGUUCUGCACGGGCGCUGGCGACCGUACUAUAAAAAUUUGGGAUCUUGCCUCGGGCACUUUGCGAUUGACACUGACCGGACACGUCGGCACGGUACGCGGACUGGCCGUAUCCCCCCGUCAUCCCUACUUGUUUUCGUGCGGCGAGGACAAGAUGGUCAAGUGCUGGGACCUUGAAACGAACAAGGUCAUCCGUCACUACCAUGGCCAUUUGUCCGGCGUGUACGCCUUGAAAAUCCAUCCUACACUCGAUGUGCUCGUCACCGCUGGUCGUGAUGCCGUGGCUCGUGUUUGGGACAUGCGAACACGUCAGAAUAUACAUGUUCUGGCUGGUCACAAGUCAACAAUUACAUCGUUGGCUGUGCAGGAGUUUGAUCCACAGGUCGUUACCGGCUCCAUGGACUCACAUAUUAAACUGUGGGAUCUGGCAGCGGGAAAGACGAUGACAACGCUUACUCAUCACAAAAAAACUGUUCGCUCACUUUGUCUGCAUCCGGAUGAGUUUACCUUUGCAAGCGGAGCCUCCGACAAUAUCAAGCGCUGGAAGUUCCCCGAAGGCGCCUUCAUGGGCAAUUUUUCCGGCCACAAUGCCAUCGUCAACACGCUCUCCAUCAACUCAGACAAUGUUCUGUUCUCUGGUGCCGACAAUGGCAGCAUGUGCUUCUGGGACUGGAAGUCUGGUCACAAGUACCAAGAGAUGCAGACCAUUGCGCAGCCGGGAUCGCUCGAGAGCGAAGCGGGCAUAUUCGCAAGCACAUUCGACAAAACGGGACUGCGUCUCAUUACUUGUGAAGCCGACAAAAGCAUCAAAAUCUAUAAACAGGACGAAUCUGCCACUCCCGAAACACACCCGGGACUACCGUGGCAGAGAUAUGGCCGGCCGCGGAUCUAAGCGAGAAAGUUUAACGACCAUCCCGCCUGCUUCUUUCACGAAAGGAUCUACACGAACUACACACCUUAAUGUCGAUAUUGGCACCCCUACACCACCGAUAACCCUACCCUACCAGAAAAACAGUCACGCUACCCACU